CAACCCCCUCCCCUAACCCUACCCCCACCCCUGCUCCCAUGUGCGUAGACCCUUGCUGUUUGGUCCCCACUGCUGGACUGUUGGCACCCCCUGCAGCUGGGCACAUGGAAGGGCAUGAGGCCCCAGCCCCGCUAGACCUGAGGAUGAGGCGGGUGGCAGGGGAUCAGCAACAGCAGGAGGAGGAGGAGGCGGAUGAGGGCGACUCCCACAGGCGGCUGGGCUGCAGGAGGAGGCUGAGGAGCCCCCAGGACAAGGGGCAGGCAGAACGCUUGGGUGGCGGAGGGGGCAAGGAUGCCCCCCGAGCAGAAUGGGCCCGCCCGACCACCCCAGAGGGAGCGGCCACCCAGCGGGCGGACAGGCUGGGCAUCUCCCUGCCCCCCAGGAAGAGACCCUACCGCGAGGCGGACCAGGGGAAGUACCCCAAGCUGGAGGAUAGGGAGAGCGUGCUGCCUCUUGCAGUCGAACAGCUGGAGCCCCCCAGGAUGAAAUCCGAGCCGGAAGAGUUGCCCAUCUGCCGGAGCAGGCCGAGGACCCCGUUCCUGGUUCCCGCUGCCAAUGGAUACCCUCUAGUAGAGUCUGUCUACCUGCCCUACGCACUCCAGCUCCCAUACUAUCCAGGAGUGAGCCUGCCAUCCUCAUCCUUCCCCAUCUGCCCCGUGCCGACGCACCCUCUGCCCCUUGGGGCUGUCCCCAGCGCUUACCACCCUGGAACGUGCUGCAUUGUCCACUCGCAGGAGGAGAUGCUGUCCUCUGACAUCGCCAUGGCCACCAGGCAGGAUGAAGAUGGGGACACGCCUCUGCACAUUGCUGUGGUCCAGGAGGACAGGGCUAUGGUGGAAAAGCUCAUCCACCUCCUGCAGCUGGGGAGAAAGGACCUGGAUAUUUACAACAACCUGAGGCAGACUCCUUUACACUUGGCAGUCAUCACCAAACAGCCCACCAUCAUCAGCCAGCUGAUGGCCAAUGGGGCCUCAAGCACAUCACUUGACCGUAACGGGCAAACAGCAGCGCAUUUGGCCUGUGAGCACAGCAGCCUGGAAUGCCUGCGGGCACUCCUGGCCGGAGGCCAUGAGCGGGUGGACCUGGAAAUCCGGAAUUACGAAGGUUACACUCCCUUACAUGUCUCAGUGAUCAGCUACCAAAAGGAAAUCGUUGAAUUUCUCCUGGACCAGGGCGCCGACAUCGACGCUGUGGAUAUUAAGAGCGGGAAGACACCACUGGUUCACGCAGUCGAGAAUAAUUCCAUAGACAUGGUCACGCUUCUCCUGCAGCAUGGGGCCAAUGUGAACCUACAGACAUAUUCGGGGAACACGGCUCUGCAUUGCUGUAGCGGACGGGGCUUCCUGGAGAUUGUGAAGGUUUUGCUGAAGAAUGGAGCUGACAGCAGCGUUAAAAACUGUCACAAUGACACCUCCCUCAUGGUAGCCAAGAACAAAAAGGUCAUUGAUGUUCUCCGUGGGAAGGCGUGUCGGACCCUUCCGCAGCUUCCUCCCGGUCAGCGGACUCCAUGCAGCGUGAUAAAGGAGUGUCUCUCUCCAGGAAGUGAGUCAAGCUCACCGCUGUCCAGCGCGCACGCUGUGCAUUGCCCCUCGCCCGGGGCCUACGUGAAGGUAUCACCGCAGCCGAUGGACACCUCCAGCCCCCCUCUCUCGCACCGGCCCCCCGAGGCCCAGGUGUCCUCCUGGAGGAGGUCGCCCCCAGCCGGUGUCGCCACGAGGAGCCAGCCCGAGACGGCGGCAGAACAUGUUCGGGCACUGGCUCCUUUCGGGCCGGGCGAGGGGGCAGAUUGCCGGGCCCGAUUCGACACCCCGAGGGCGGGGUCCGGCCCUGGGCGCUAUCCACCGCAGCCUUGGGGGCUGUGCUGCCCGGUGGUGGGCAGGGCCUCUCCGUCUGCCUUCCGGAUGAUGAGGGAGGAGGCGCUGAGAUUCACAGCUCUCCGGCCUGCCUCCCUGCACCUACUUGCUCCUCCUGGGCCCGAGGCAGAUGCCCACUUACCUCACCCUCCCUACCGAGAGCCAGCAAAGCACUUCAGGGGGGUGUGGCUCGAUCUACAGAACGGACCCUGCAGCCAAAAUGGCGACUCCAUGAACGUCAACGGCGAUUCUGACGCUGUGGUGGGGAAAGGCGAGAGCUGACACAAAGCCAAGGACUAAUGAACUGUGCUGUAAAUAUUAUUGAUUGCAUUGGACUAUCUGCUAGUGUCAUCCAUGGCAAAUGCAGAUGGCGGCCUGGUGGGCUCCACGGCCCUUGAUGUACAAACUCCUGCGAGUGGACGCAGUUUUAUCUCUCCCGAAAUAAAUU